AAGAAACAUGACCAAGAGUUCUAAGAGUACGAUGAUUCUUACACAGAUCACUAUCUAUUGGACCAUCUUAACUUUCUGUAUCUCAGGCGUUGUGGAGGAUAAACCUAAAGAUGAAACUGGAAUACCAGUAAUUGAUGUAAAAGGAAAUAUGGGGCCGCCGAUUGAAAACUCCUCGUACAUCAAAAACUUGGCACUCUUAAACAAGAAGAAUCAUAGUAGCAGAAGUCUUCAAGCUGAAUAUAUUGAUUAUAAAGAUAUGGAAGAGGAAGUAGAAGAUGAAAACUAUUUUAUUGAUGAUGAUGAUUUAACAACUGCUCAAAGAUUCAAAAGACAUUGGAAGAGAGUUCUUUCACGAUGUCUUAUUUUAUUAGCUAUUGUAAUUUUUAUAGUACUUUUUUGUCGAUGCUUACUGGCUACAGUGUGUACCUUUUUAGUACCAUCGUUAAAAUCAUCCUGUACCUGUUUAUCAUUUUUGCCGUGUUGCAAAGAAGAAAAAGACACAAUGUAUGUCAAAGUUCAAGAGUUGGGUAAAAAUCUUGGAAUGGAAAUUAAUAGAGAAUCGUAUGCACAUCUGCUAGAAAUAUGCGAGGAUGAAGGAAUGACUGCCGUUAAACACGUCAAACGUGUAUGAAGUACUUUAUUUUUGCUUAUUAUAAAUUCCAAAUUAAUGUGGA